AAACUGUAGUGGAACUCACUGGGAGUCGUGGGGAGCAUAGCAUUUUCUAGUCAGACUGAAAGAAGCUUGAAAACCAAGAGAGGCAAGAUGCUCGCCAUCUUCAGCAAUGCAAUCAUCAGAGCUCCAGAGGAGCUCAUCCAUGCCGGAAUCCGGACUCCAACACCUAAAAAACCAGCUCUUGAUCUCCUCCAUGCUUUUCUCACCACCUUUCCUUCCUCAGUCUAUAUGAGCAUAAACUCUCUUGCUUAUAUAUCCUACACACACGAUAGUGAAUCUUCAUUGCAUCCAAGGUUAUUUGCAGUGAAAGAUGAGAUCUUUUGCAUGUUUGAAGGUUCUUUAGAAAAUUUAACAAGCUUAAGACAACAGUAUGGGUUAGGAAAGAAGGAGAAUGAGGUUGUGUUAGUGAUGGAAGCUUACCGUGCUCUGAGAGACCGAGCACCGUAUCCGACGAGCAGCAUGCUCGGUCAUCUCUCCGGUGGCUUCUCCUUCAUCAUCUUUGAUAAGACUACAUCUACUGUCUUUGUUGCUUCAGAUCAAGAUGGUAGAGUUCCUUUAUUUUUAGGGAUCACUUCAGAUGGAUAUCUUGCUUUCUCUAAUGAUUCUGAGAGACUUAGAGGAGCUUGUGGCAAAUCACUUGCAUCUUUCCCUUCAGGGUGCUUCUUCUCGUCAUCCACUGGGCUGAAAAGUUAUGAGCAUCCUAAGAACAAAAUCACUGCUGUUCCAGCAAUGGAAGAAGAUGUCUUGGGUGCAACUUUCAAGAUUGAGAGGCCAAAUGCAAACUGCUGAAUAGAAUAAAAAGUUUCAUGUGAAAAAGUAGCAUAGAAGUUGGAUAAGGUUGUGUGGUGAUUUUAGGGUUAGGGUUAAGGUUUGGGGGGCCUUCUUCAUGCUUCUAUCAGUGGAUCACCGCAUGGCUUUGGAUGCCUUCAAAGUCCUCUUCUUGUGUUUAUCGCUUAUGACUGUUAGUGCUGGAAUUAGACAUAAAAGUACGAUGUAGUGUAUGUUGCCUUUUGUCCAUAUUUGUAUUAUUUUUAAUGAUAUUUGUCACUGAAGUGACAUGGCAAAGUAGUACUACUACUUAUCCCAUCUGCUUGGUCAGAUUCUUUGAAUCUAUAUUUAAGUUUGUGUCAUCUUCUAAUUAAGUGUUGUUUUUUUCUUU